CCGUGGAUAAACUCAGAGUGAGAGCUCUCGACUCUGUUAUGACAUCUCCGUGUUAGCUAAAACAGCAUGACCUGCUUGACACUUCUGCUCAAGGCGAGGAGGUGAAAACCAGCACGACUUUGCCACGAUUUGUUUAAAUGUCGGUGAAAUAAACAAGGUGGAGGAAGUGUGUGAAGAUGCCAGCUGGUGUGUCUUGGUCUCGGUACCUGAGGAUGUUGGGAGCCAGUGUACUGGCCAUGUUUGCAGGAGCACAGGUCGUCCACCAGUACUACCUACCGGAUUUGAGUAUACCAGAGGUCCCACCAAAGCCUGGGGAGCUGCAGACGGAACUGCUGGGCUACAAAGUCAGAGAAGAAGCCACUGCUGCGUUACAGCAGCUUAAAGCAGAACAAAAAGUGGACUGAUGUUGGUACAUUCAUCCUCUGUGUGAUGGACACACAAUCAAGCAGACUUUUUUUCCAGUUUUUGCCAACAGCUAGAGGCUGAAACGCACCUGGGCGGAGAGUCAUUUCUUGGACAUCAGUAAAUGGAUAUCUUCUGUGGAACAUAAAAGAGUUGAAUGAAA